GAGGAGCUCGACCGGUGCGCAGCGGAGCAGGCUCGACGGACCCACCUGGAGACCGAGCGGCGCACCGCCGAGCGGCUCCGCCAGGCCCGGGUGGAGGCCGCGCUGCGGGCCGCGGACGAGGUCCGGGAACGCGCCGCGCUGAGGGCCGCGAAGGAGGCGGGGAGGGCCGUCGGCCAGGCCGCGGAGGAGGCGUUGCGGGCCGCGGAGGAGGCGACGCGGGCCGCCGAGGCGGCGGAGCGGCGGGCCGAGACGGAGGCUCGCACGGCGGGGCCGGCCGUGCUGCGUGCGGCGCGCGAGGCGCGGAGCGCCCAG